AUGAAGAUGGGCGGCGGACUGCAGCAGCUGCUGCUACUGCUUGCACUCCUCCUCGUCUCUGCUGCCGCCCCUCAGGUAGUUGGAGUUGGGGUCGGAGACAAUUCCAUGAGAAUCAUCCAGGAGGAUAUCAUUGAGACAGUCAACAACCAUCCCAGCGCUGGGUGGACAGCCUCACGUAAUCCUUACUUUUCAAACUAUACCAUUAUGCAAUUUAAGCACAUACUUGGAGCAUUUUACUUUCAGUCAAUGACCUACUGGCAUGCUGUGGUUUUUAUGUGCGGCGAUGGGUGUGAUGGAGGCUAUCCUAUAAUGGCAUGGCGCUACUUUGUUCAAAAUGGUGUUGUUACUGAUGAGUGUGAUCCAUACUUCGAUCAGGUCGGUUGCAAGCAUCCUGGAUGUGAACCUGCUUAUGCUACACCUAAGUGUGAAAAGAAAUGCAAGGAGCAGAACCAAGUUUGGCAGGAAAAGAAGCAUUUCAGCAUUGAUGCGUAUAGAAUAAAUUCAGAUCCACAUGACAUAAUGGCAGAGAUCUACAAAAAUGGUCCUGUAGAAGUUGCUUUCACAGUUUACGAGGAUUUCGCACACUACAAAUCUGGAGUAUACAAGCACAUCACCGGUGGCAUUAUGGGUGGCCAUGCCGUCAAGUUGAUUGGAUGGGGAACCAGUGAUGCUGGAGAGGAUUACUGGCUUCUUGCAAAUCAGUGGAACAGGGGCUGGGGCGAUGAUGGAUACUUUAAGAUCAUAAGGGGCAAAAAUGAAUGUGGCAUCGAGGAGGACGUUGUUGCUGGAAUGCCAUCUACAAAGAAUAUGAUUCCAAACUUCGGCGGUGCUGUUGGAACAGCUGUAGUUUAA